CGAACGGUCGCGUUUUGAUGUCCUCCGCUAAAAAGGAUCAAUCGGCCUCUGGCCGAGGUGCUGCCCAGGCUCAAGCCAGCAGUAAUGACUAUCGUAUCGUCCUGCCUCGUCUCCCAACUGGUAAGCUCGUCACCGACUCCGUUUUUCUACAUGCUGACCUAACCGGACGCCCAUAUCGUGCUCAAGACUUCAGAGACGCUCUCCGGAAGAUUAUAGACUUGAGAGAAAUAAUCUCAAUAGGACAAUUCCAGAUGUCCCACGUCUGGAUGGUGACGUGCAAAUCGCCGUCUGCGAAAGCCAGAUUAGUCACCUGCGGUGAAUUUCUGGUUAAGUCUAAGAGAUGUGUUGUGAUUGAUCCAGAGCCAGCGGAGGUAAAGAUUAAGAUGCUAUGGCUUCCUGAACAUUUAGAGGAUGCUUACAUACGCGAGGCACUACAGACUUUCGGAAAAGUGCUGUCAAUAUCCAAGGAAAGCUGGAAAGUAUCAGAUAUGGAAGAAAUGCGAACUCUCAAUCGAGAUGUUGUUCUGUCACUUGCUGAUGGUGUCAGUGUCGCCGAUAUCCCACACUUACGGACAGUCUGCGGAAUACAAAGUCUUCUACUCAUCCCUGGAAGACCACCACUGUGCCUUCGCUGCCACAAAGUUGGUCACAUUCGCCGUCACUGUCGCACGCCUAGGUGCGACGAUUGCCGACGCUUUGGGCACACGACUGCAGACUGUGUAGUAACGUAUGCUGACAAGCUGCGACAUCGCACAAGACCUUCAGAUGACGCACUGCAAGAACACAUCAUGGAUGUCACAGAGGUCCUAGAUGCAACGGGAGAUCUGCCAGCUGACACCAGCGAAGUUCCGCCACCGGUCAGCGCAGAAGCUAGCGAGACUGCAUCGACUGAGAUCACAACGGCACAGUCUGAGCCUGUGGAAGAGACAACAAAGGAGAGUGAAGAGCCAGAUACCGUUGAGGCAGUUAGCAGCGAACUCGCAAAGAAGAUAAUCCAGUUGCAGAAACCGCCACUGCUCAGCUACCGAACCAGUGUCCUACCCCUAUGGAGAACACACUCUCCAACAACACUUUGCUGAAGCGCCGUGCCUCGACAACCUCUGUGUCGAGUGAGGAGAACAGCACGCCAAGCGCUUCCAGACAACUGCGUCGCCGACGUUCACCCAAACAUAAAGAGAGGCACCGACGGUCAAGAUCUAGAAGGCCUGGUGUUGGUGGAGGAGAGGAAUCUCCUUCGUCCUCCGCGCCUGAUCUCACGCAGCAUUGACAAGAAACGGUGUGUAGGCAACAUGGCGCUCUCGCAGCAACUAUCUUUCGCAACACUUAAUGUACGAGGGCUUCGGUCCCGACAGAAGCAGUUGCAGCUACGCCGACUGUUAUCUAGCAAACGACUCGACUUUGUCGCCCUUCAGGAGACAAAGAUCGAAAGUGAUGAAGACACUGCAAGGGCAUUAGAGCCCUUUUUGUCCGAGUACAAUGUUUGUGUGUCUCAUGCAGUUGGGUUAUCGGCAGGUUGCUUUUUGUUUUUGAGGAAGACCCUUCCGUAUACCGCAUUCACUUAUAAUGUAGACUCUGAAGGGCGGUGGAUAUGUUGUGAUAUUUUGUUGCGUAGCGUACCAUGGCGCAUCGUUAACGUUUAUGCGUUCAAUGAUUCCGCAAAACGAAUUGCCUUAUUUGAAAAUCUAGCUCCUUUAUUGGAUUGUGACCGUACUGUUGUUCUCUUAGGAGACUUCAACUGCGUGUGCGACGUGAGUGACCGUUCAUUACGUAACACCCAUAAGGACAAAAGUAGUGAAGUGCUAUUUGGCAUCACUGAAAAUGCGGGCCUCAUAGAUAUAGGAGCAUCGGGGCAAAUAUCUUGUUCAUAUACGUACACUCAAGGAAGUUCACAUUCUAGACUCGAUCGUAUAUAUGUUUCGACAUCGUUGAUUUCUAGAAGUCUCCAAUGCAAAAUUCACCCUAUUUCGUUCUCCGACCACUGUAUGGUAAUUACGCGACUAGGCGGAGACACUCGUGCUAGUUUCCGGCCUCAGUGGGCACUCUGGAAGUUAAAUUCAUCUAUAAUUGGUGAUAAAAUGUUUACUGAUCAGGUAUGCUUAGCACUGAAAAAUUGCUUCUCUCUUGAUUUGCCACUAUUCGCUGCAUGGGAGCUUUUUAAGCAAGAAAUCAGAUCAGUCGCCAUUGAACUUGGUUCUAUUAAGUCGUUUUACAAAAAGUAUGAAGAGAAGAAAUUGUUGAAAAGUCUUUAUAGCCUUUAUGAGCUUGAAUGUGAAUCUCCUGGAACGUACGCUGAUGACAUUGCAAAUGUGAAAUGUGACUUGCAAAAGUUUGACGCAGUGCGCUAUAGAGGCGCCCGUGUUCGGUCACGUAAUAACCGCGCCUUGCUUUCUGAGAAGCCGACCCGUCAGGCUUUGAUUGAUGAACGCCGCCACGCUUCUACGAAAGUUAUUACCGACAUGUAUUCGAAAGACGCAUUAGUAACUGACACGAGUGAUAUUGUGUCUCAAUUCGAAGACUUCUAUUCGGUGCUCUUCAGUGGUGCUUCUGGAGACCAGAACAUCGAGCUUCUACAAUACUUUGCGUCUUUAAUAACUCCUCUAACUGAUGAAGACUGUUCAGUCAUUAGCGGUCCCUUUACUAAACAAGAGGUAGAGGUUGCCAUUGAUCAGUUACCCAUGUCAAAAACUCCCGGUCCCGAUGGCAUUUCGGGUGAAUUUUAUAAAACCUUUAAGUCAAUUCUUACGCCUGUUCUACUGAAUAUAUUUUUAACAAGUUUUGAG